AGAGAUUUAAAUAAAACGGUAGCUUUAAAAUGUUUAGAUGAUUCUCAAAAUAUUUCUAAUAAAUUUCUAAGUGAGGUUAAAGCAUAUUCAAUUAGUAGGUUUAAUAAUUUUGACAAUUCUGGUGAAAUUCUUAAAAUAUAUGGUAUAUCUCAAAACCCAGAUACAGAAGAUUAUAUUAUGGUUCUUCAACAUGCAAGAGGUGGAAAUUUUAAUAAUUGGUUAAAUAAUAAUCAUAAAAACUUUAGUUGGUCAAAUAAAUUAAAAGUGUUGAAUAAUAUUAUUAAUGGUCUUAAAGAAAUGCAUCAAAAACAGAUGGUUCAUCGUGAUUUUCAUACAGGAAAUAUAUUAUUUAAGGAUACUUAUUAUUGGGCUACUUCAAACUAUAUUUCAGAUAUGGGAUCAAGUGGAGAAGUUAAUAACAUAGAUGAAACAAAAACUUAUGGAGUUAUGCCCUACGUAGCUCCUGAAGUAUUAAGAGGAAGACCUUAUACUAAAGCAGCAGAUAUAUAUAGCUUUGGAAUGAUGAUGUAUUUUGUGGCAACUGAAAAACAACCAUUUGCAAAUCGUGCUCAUGAUGGAUUAUUAGCAUUAGAUAUUUGUAAAGGAAUUAGACCAGAAACAAAUGAGCAAGAAGCACCUAAUUGUUAUAUUGACCUAAUGAUAAAGUGUUUGGAUUUAAAUCCAAUGAAUAGGCCUAAUGUUGCUGAAGUGGAAGAAUUAAUUAAGCAAUUUUAUUCAAAUAAUGACGAUCAAUUCAAAGAAGCAGAAGAAUAUAGAUACAAUAAUAAUGGAGUAGGUAAAAAUAAUCAUUCAACAACUCACUCUCAAGCUUUCUAUACAUCUAGAUUACUCAAUCCUUUUACGGAAAAUCUUCCAAAAUACGCAGAUGAUAAUACUGAUUGCUUAGACUGUGCAAUUAAGAGUUAAAAUGUAAACUUUUUUUACAUAAAUAAAAGUAGCUUGUAAUUGAUUAAAUUACUUUGUAUUAUUUUAAAGAAUGAUUCAAAAUUGAUAUAUAAAUGUUAUAAAUAUUUUGUACAAGAAAAAUUAUUUUUUGAUGCUAG